GGGAAACGUCAACCAGCUGAAUUUGUUUGAGGUUAUGACCGUGCAUCCUUACUUUUAAAAUUGAGUUUUAAAUAAAUAAAAGUCUUUAAAGUACUUAAACAGUCCUUAGGACUGAUAUAAUAAUCCAAUAAUCAUUACUUCCAAAAGAAAGAUGGACAUUCCUUUUUCUUUUUUGACUGGACUCGGAUGUGGUUUAUGUAUCGGCAUUUCUUUAUUUGCCCUGAAAAAAUACUUCGGUUCGGCCACUGAAACUGCAAAAGCUGUUAAAAUGUUUGCAUCAAAUUCAGAAUACAAGGUAGUUUUAGUAGUGAGAACAGAUCUUAACAUGUCGAAAGGCAAAAUAGCAGCUCAAUGUGGUCAUGCAGCAGUUGGAGUCUUUGAGAAGGCACAGAGGAAGGAUCCAGCGGGACUUAGAUGUUGGCAGCGCACAGGUCAAGCGAAAAUAGCACUAAAAACCGAUUCGUUAGAUGAAGUUAUGCAAAUAGCGGAGAACGCAAAGAAAAUGGGACUGAUUACUUCAAUGAUUAGAGACGCGGGAAGGACACAAAUAGCAGCCAACUCCGUCACUGUGUUGGGAGUGGGGCCAGCACCAAAAGACAUUGUUGAUAAAGUCACAGGCCAUUUGAAAUUACUGUAAAUAAUACAGCUAUGGUUACAAAACUUGUUUUUAAUUUAUUUCAGAACCAACAAGUUCAUAAGAACAUUACAGGAAAUGCAUGCAAAACUUGUGCUUUAAAAAUAAUUACUGACUAAACUUUAAUCCAUUUUAGAGCACACCAUGUACUUUCUGAAGUUCUGCCAAUCACCUAUCAAUGUUGCAUCAUCCUAAUUUCUCCACUAUAAGUAAAUUGAAAAAAUAUCAGGGAAUAAGGUGGAAAUAAAAAAUACAAAUUUUGAAUAUGAAAAUGUAUUUCAAAUCUCCAUUAAAUCUAUUAAAGGCGGACAAUUUCUUUAUAAAGCCAAUGUUUGUACAAAAUGUGUCACUGAAAAGUUGAUUGUUACUUAUUCUAUGCUUUGGAUUGCAGAA